CUUAUUUGAUUAACUAUUUAUUUUUUGGACAAAUGACUGAAUAUAAGUUGGUUGUUGUUGGGGACGGAGGAGUUGGAAAAUCGGCAUUAACUAUUCAAUUAAUUCAAGGCCAGUUUAUUGAAGAGUAUGACCCAACCAUUGAGGACAGUUAUCGAAAGCAGGUUCUUAUUGACGGCGAGACCUGCCUUCUUGACAUUUUAGACACGGCAGGACAGGAAGAGUAUUCUGCUAUGCGUGACCAAUAUAUGCGUACUGGCGAGGGUUUUCUUUUGGUUUUUGCGCUUAAUGAGUACAAGUCUUUUGAGAAUAUCCACGCUUAUCGUGAACAGAUUAGACGGGUAAAGGACAAUGACGAGGUUCCAAUGGUUUUGGUCGGUAAUAAAUGUGAUCUCCAACAGCGAGCAGUUGACCAACGAUCUGUGCAAGAAUUGGCACGUUCUUUUGGCAUUCCAUUUAUUGACACAAGUGCUAAAACUCGCAAGCAUGUGGACGAGGCUUUUCAUGCUCUUGUGCGUGAAAUUAGAAAGUUUAAGCACAAGGAAAAGCCAAAAAGGAGGCGGAGAUGUGCCAUUAUUUAAAUAACUUCUCCAGCUCUAGUAUAUCUCUAAAAAACACUCCUCUCUCUCUCUAUUUUACAUUCAAUGUGCAGCAACACAUAAAAGCAGUAUUUAAAUGAUCCAAAAAAUAUGCGUGUUUUUAUAAAUAAUGGCUUCAUUUUUAAAUUAAAAAUUCCAUAAUCAAAAUAUUUCAUGUUUUUUUUUGUUUAUUAUCUAUGACGACAAAUAAAAAAGGAUUAUUGACUUAUAGACACUUUAAACUAGGGUAGAAACCUUCCUUCGGAGUCGGGAGUGUAGGGGAUCGUGCCUCGACGUGAUAGAGCCUUCGGGUUUGGUUCUGGGUUUUUAACAAAAAAAUCGUCGGGGGGACGGCUUGCUACCCUAUUAUAAACCUUGGAUCCUCAAGAUUUUUGAUGCUACAACAGAAUUCCGCUUUUUUACCCUUUGCCUUUUGCAUUUUUGUGUCCUCAUUUUUCCCUCUUCCUCUUCCACCUUCCGCAGAAUUUCGGUUUUUUAUCCUUCCGCUCAGCUUUUUAAAAUACG